GAGCGGAGCGGGCAGGGGGCGGGCGCUGCUCCACGGCCGCCGCUGGAGCCGCUCCCGCAUCGCGCCCGGCAGCAGCGGGAGCCCGGCAGCCCCUCGGCCGGCUCCGUGCGCCGCCGGGCCUGAGCGCCGAGCGCCGGCUCCGACAUGUCCGGCAAGAUCGAGAAAGCAGAUUCUGAGCGUUCCCAUCUCUCCUCGUUCACGAUGAAGUUGAAGGGCAAGUUUCAUUCACCAAAAAUAAAGAGAACACCCUCAAAGAAAGGGAAGCAAGCUGAGCUGACAGUGAAAACACCAGAGAAGUCAGUGAACAAAAAUGUAUCAUGGCUGGAGGAAAAGGAGAAGGAGGUUGUCAGUGCAUUGCGCUACUUUAAGACAAUUGUGGACAAAAUGGCAAUUGAUAACAAAGUGUUAGAGAUGCUGCCAGGCUCAGCAAGCAAAGUGCUGGAAGCCAUCCUGCCCUUGGUGCAAACUGACCCACGAAUCCAGCAAAGCUCUGCCAUCUCAUCCUGCUACAGCCGAGUGUACCAGAGCCUGGCCAACCUCAUCCGCUGGUCUGACCAGGUGAUGCUGGAGGGGCUCAACUCAGAGGACAAGGAGAUGGUGACAACAGUGAAGGAUGUCAUCAAAGCUGUUCUGGAUGGAGUCAAGGAGCUGGUCAGACUCACGAUUGAGAAGCAGGAGCAUCCCUCCCCCACAAGCCCAGUUAAACCCAGUUUGCCAGCAUGUAAAUCUGACAGCCCAUCAGAACUUCCCCUUACCGACCGGGAAAUGGAGAUCCUCAACAAAACAACCAAUUUGACUCAAUCCAACGAGCUGCUGACUGACUCCAUGGAUGAAGAAGUUGCACCUCCUAAACCCCCUCUGCCCAGCAUUCGUGUGGCAGAGAACAGCCCUCCACCAGCACUGCCCCCUAAAAAACGUCAGUCGGCGCCUUCCCCAACCAGAGUGGCUGUUGUGGCCCCCAUGAGCCGAGCUACCAGUGGGUCCAGUUUACCUGUUGGGAUCAACAGACAGGACUUUGAUGUUGACUGCUAUGCCCAGAGGAGGUUGUCAGGUGGAAGCCACUCCUACGGGGGGGAGUCUCCUCGCCUGUCCCCGUGCAGCAGCAUCGGCAAACUGAGCAAGUCUGACGAGCAGCUCUCGUCCCUGGACCGCGACAGCGGCCAGUGCUCCCGCAACACAAGCUGUGAAACCCUGGAUCAAUCGGAUCACUAUGACCCAGACUAUGAAUUCCUGCAGCAGGACCUCUCCAACGCUGAUCAGAUCCCUCAGCAGGGGUCCAGUGUCCUCAGCCCAUUGCCAGAGUCCUUGGGUGAGUCUGGCUCCCCUUUCCACGGACAGACUUUCCAGCUCCCGCAGGGCAGCUCUCCUCCGCUGGAAUUCUGCAGCCCCUCGGGAGCAGCACAGCCAACAGAGACUCCCCCAGCUUUGCCAGAGAAGAAGAGGAGGAGUGCAGCCUCCCAGACCUCAGAGAACUCGGGCUGCAGGGUGUCCUACGAGAGGCACCCCUCCCAGUACGACAACAUCUCCGAGGACGACCUGCAGAGCGUCGCCCCGUCAGUGCCCUUCACGCCCUUCGCUGCUGUUCUGCCUUUCCAGCAAGGAAACUCUUCAGCACCAGUGGAAUUCAUUGCAGAUUUUGCUGCUCCAGAUUCGAACAGUGACCCAGAAAAGCCUCCACCUCUGCCAGAGAAGAAAAACAAACACAUGAUGGCCUACAUGCAGUUUGUGGAAGAUUACUCAGAGCCACAGCCCUCCAUGUUCUACCAGACCCCUCAGAACGAGCACAUCUACCAGAAGAAGAACAAGUACCUCAGGGAAGUCUAUGGGAUCAAUGACUCCUUUAUCAGCUUGGACCCCUCUCAAGAGCUGGCACCUCCUCCUGCCCUCCCUCCAAAGCAGAGGCAGCUGCAGGCCUCCUAUGCUGCCUCUUCUUUCUCCUCUGUCUCCUACUGUGUCCAGCAGCCCAAAGUGCCCUUCACCCCCGAGGACUGCAGUGCCACUCAGGGCCUCACUAUGUCAGUCUCUAACUCCUUUCUCAGCCGGCACAGCUCCUUCCCUGUGCACUCGUACAAAUCUGUGUUUAGGUCCUACUCCCAGGACUUUGUGCCUCACAACCAAGUCUCCAUACCUCCUUUCCUCUCUUCUACCUCCUCCUCCUGCUCCACCCCGCCUUUCCCGCCCGUCCACGCAUCCCAGAGCCCCGACCUAGCGGUGCCCGCUGCAGCCAGCCAGCCCCCCAGCACUGUGGAUGUGCCAAACUCCUCUUCUCAGGAGAGCAGCUUUAAUGGGAAUGCUCCUGUCUGCCUUCCUUCUGAAACCUCUCUCACUGAUUCUCUCCAGACGCCUUCGAGUGAAAACGCCAGUGAGGAGGCUGGUGAGGGUGAAUAUGUCAAUCUGUAUUCCUCUGGCCAGAGCAACGGGGAACUCCCUGUGUCUGAAGGAGAAUCUCCCCCUGUCAAAGAUGGCCACUCCAAAGACUCGGCUUUGAGCAGCAGUGCCAUGGGGAAGGAGGGCAAAGAUGGUGCUGAAAGGCAGCCACAGUCACCAGAUACUUUGGAGUCAUCACAGCUGGAGGAAGAGGUAGAUGAGCUGUCCCUUAUUGACCACAGUGAAAUCAUGUCUAGAUUAACACUGAAGCAAGAGGGGGACGAUGGGCCAGAUGUCCGUGGUGGGUCUGGAGACAUUCUGCUGGUGCAUGCCACAGAGACAGACAGGAAAGAUCUGGUGCUGUACUGUGAAGCAUUUCUGACUACAUACAGGACAUUCAUUACCCCAGAAGAGCUCAUCAAGAAGCUGCAGUACAGAUAUGAGAAGUUUUGCCACUUCCCGGACACGUUCAAGAAGCGGGUCAGCAAGAACACCUUCUUCGUGCUGGUGCGAGUGGUGGACGAGCUCUGCCUGGUGGAAUUGACAGAGGAAAUCCUCAAGCUGCUGAUGGACCUGGUGUUCAGGCUGGUGUGCAGUGGGGAGCUCAGCCUGGCCAGAGUGCUGCGCAAGAACAUCCUGGAUAAGGUGGAUCAGAAGAAAAUGCUGAGCUACGCCAACUCCAUCAAACCUCUCGCUGCCAGAGGGGUGGCAGCCAGGCCAGGGACACUGCAUGAUUUCCACAGUCAUGAAAUAGCUGAGCAGCUGACCCUGCUGGAUGCUGAACUCUUCUAUAAAAUCGAGAUCCCAGAAGUUUUGCUUUGGGCAAAGGAACAAAAUGAAGAGAAGAGUCCCAAUCUGACACAGUUCACAGAGCACUUUAAUAACAUGUCCUACUGGGUCCGUUCAAUAAUUAUGCUACAAGAGAAAGCCCAGGACCGAGAGAGGCUGCUCCUUAAAUUUAUAAAGAUUAUGAAGCACUUACGAAAGCUGAAUAAUUUUAAUUCCUAUCUGGCCAUUCUUUCUGCACUGGAUUCUGCCCCCAUCCGAAGGCUGGAGUGGCAGAAGCAAACCUCAGAGGGCCUGGCUGAGUACUGCACCCUGAUCGACAGCUCCUCGUCCUUCCGCGCCUACCGAGCUGCCCUGGCCGACGUGGAGCCCCCCUGCAUCCCCUACCUAGGCCUGAUUCUGCAGGACCUGACCUUUGUCCAUCUGGGAAACCCUGAUUACAUUGACAGCAAAGUGAACUUUUCCAAGCGCUGGCAGCAGUUUAACAUCCUGGACAGCAUGAGGUGCUUCCAGCAAGUCCAUUACGACAUCAAGAGGAACGACGACAUCGUGUCAUUCUUCAACGACUUCAGCGACCACCUGGCUGAGGAGGCCCUGUGGGAACUGUCCCUGAAAAUCAAACCUCGCAACAUCACCAGGCGGAAAACAGAUCGGGAGGAGAAAACCUAGGAGGAGGGGUGGUGCGAGGAGAAUGGCUCUGCACUGUGGGCAGCUGUGAGACUGGAGUUCCAUGUUUGUACCUGUCACUGGAUGACACACUCCCUCCCUCCCAGCUGGCAGCCAGCCCUGGGGGUGGCAGUGCCAGAGGCGCGCCGGGGGCAGAGAUCGGCCUCCUCCUCCCGUCCCUCCGUGCCAUGAACCAGCCUCAACCCCGGGGGCAGAGCUGUGUGGAAGGAGUGUUUGCUGCUUUGCUGGCCCCGUGCAGUGCCCAGGUGUGCCCUGGCUCGGAGCAGGGGCAGCAGGAGCUCGGCACCCUGACUCACCUCCGGAGCGGCGUCGGGCAGCAAAGGGAGCCGAGGGUUGGAGUCUCCCCUGCAAUGCCACCUUCCCAAGGUGUUGGUGAGGAUGGGAGCUGCCUGCCAGAGGAGCUCUGCCUGCCAGAGGAGCUCUGCUUUCAGAGAGCUGCUUGUGUUUACAGGGGUCCUGGCUCACCCCAGAUCUCUGGCGCCUUCCCCGCGGGAGGAAGGCACCGGUCGUAGGAAGAGGCACUGAAGGUGUGGGCAGGGAGCCGCCAUCUCCGGCCAGCACACCCCUCCUCCUCUCACAUCUCGUUAUUUAAGCAACAGGAAAUCCCUCUGGACCUGGAACUGUGGACUGCCCAGGUACUGGGGGUCACCCUCCUGUGACCCCGUGUCUCUUAGCGAUGGUACUUAGCUUUGCACAGGAAAUGCUGUAGGACACAGACUGUACAUACCUAGAGUUUAGAGCCCCCUGGGGAUUUUGAUGCAUGUCUGAAUACUGAUGAAUUUAUAGGAAAAAAAUCAAAAGCGCAAACCAGUCUGUAUAAAAUCCACAUUGACAAUGUUGUUCCAAGUGCUGGAUAAAGGAGGCUCAGGGCAGGGGCAGGAGCCUCGGGAAGGAGCCAUUUCUGGGUUGGAAGGAGCCAGGAAGGAGCCCUGUGCCCAGCUGGGCCACCCUGUCCUCCCACCCACUCCUCUCUCUGUUGCCAAAUGUUUUUCUCCAGAGGUCCCCUUGGGGACCCCCAGUGCUGUGCUUUGAGAGCUGUGUUUGGCAGGACCCCAGCAGGUCCCUGUCCCCAGUCCCUCUGUGCUGGUGCCAGCAGGGCAGGCACAGCCCAGCAUGGAGGGGCGAGGCAGGGGUGUCAUUUCCCACACACACAGUGUUAACCCCAAUCUGUUCAGUGUGCCUUAUUCAGCCCCUCUGUCCCCCCUCUGUGUCCCACCCAGCACAGCCCCAGCCAGGCCAUUCCACACCUGUGCUCUCUGUCCUGCUCCAGGGGUUUGCAGUUGGGCUGUGGGUGUGAGUGUCCCCUGCAGGUUUCAGCAGCCUUGUAUGACUCUCCUCAACUCCCUCUCACGUGGUCACAGGUUUUUACAGGGUUCUGACAAAAUCCUGCAGGUUUAGGGCAGCAGCUCCCAAGGAAUACAGCCAAGGAGUUUCACAGAGCAUCCUUAAUUUAUUUCUCAAUAGCAGCUCUGUGCCUGCUAAAGCCUCUGUUUGUUCUGGGUGAAUCAGAGCUGCACUCCUUUCCUUCUCCAAACAGAUUGCAAAGCCUUGGCCAGCUCUGCCUGGCUCUCAGGAGGGAGUGACAGCCCAGGGUUUUACCCAGCUUAGUUAUUUUCCUGAAGACUCAGGCAUGAGACUCACACACAGAGAGACCCCCUGCCCAUCAGGGCGUCUUCUGGGGGAGGGCACUGUGGGGUCCAGCACAGCUGUGUGCAGCCCCAGGGCAGAAGGAGCAGGAAUCUUCCAUGCUGAACCACAGUGUCUGAGCCAGGACACUUCAAAAGUGGUUUAUUUUCAUGGCACUGAGGGCACUGGAGCUGUGUGUUCUGUCCAGCCAAGGCUUUGCAAUCCCCAGAGGCUUCCCAGGAAGUAAUGUCCAUGUUUUCUUUGUAAAUAAGAUCUUGAAAAAGCCCAGCAUGGUGAGGUGGUGAAAAGGGCAGUGAAUACACCCAGGAUGUGGCUCUGAGCAGCCCCUGGGUGCAUGGCCAGGCUGUGCUGGGAGGGCUCUGGACACCCCAAAAAUGGCAGUGACUGGGGUUCCACAGGGCUCCCUGUGCUCUUCAACAUCUGCAUGAACAACCUGGACACAGGACUGGAAGGGAUGCUAAGGAACUUUGCUGACAACACUAAAUUUGGGCACAAUAUAAAAAGGUAUUAAGCCAUUAGAGAGUGUCCAGAGGAGGCUGUAAGGAUGGGGGUCUGGAGGGGCUGUGUGAGGAGCAGCUGAGGGCACUUGGUUUGUUCAGCCUGGAGGAGGCUGAGGUGACACACUGUGUUCUUCAGCAGCCUCACGAGGGCCAGGUGCAAAUCUCUUCACUUGUGACCAGUGACAGGACCCAGGGAAGGGCUGGAGCUGUGUCAGGGGAGGUUUAGGUUGGAAAUCUGGAAAAAGUUCUUCCCCUAGAGGGUGGUGGGGCACUGUUAACAGGAUCCCGAGGGCAGUGGUCACAGCACCAAGCCUGAGAUCAAGAAGCAUUUGGACAGUGCUCUCACCUGGUGGGAUUCUUGGGCUGUCCUGUGCAGGGCCAGGAGUUGGACUCGGUGGCCUUGAUGGGUCCCUCUGAAGGCAGUUGUGUCCUGUGAUUGUGUCCUGUGAUUCUGGGAUCCCCACCAGGUUCUUCCCUGCACCUGAGCCCACGAGCCCAGUUAGCACCAAAGGAGGUCUCACCCUCUGCCCUCUGCCAGCCCCCAGAGCCAGAGGCUCAGCCCAUGGUGUGGGGAUGGGAGGCUUUUCCUGUGGUGCUUUCCUCCCCUUCACCCCUUCCUCUGCUGUCCUCCCCAGCUGAGCAGUGUCCCAGCCACAGCUCCUGGAGAAGGGUCCCCUUGCCUGGAGCAGCUCCAGGUUUGCUGACCAGAGACACUCCCCCUCCCCUUCUCCAGAAACCCGGAAUAUCCUUGUGCAAGACUGGCUGUGGGUGUGUCCCCAUCUUGCAGGCAGCAUCCUCAAGGCCAUCACCUCUUUUUGGGGAGAGGGAAGAGUGUGAGUCCCCUCUCCAGGCGGGGCAGGGAGUGGGGAGAAGCCCCAGUCACCAGCCCCUGCCCCUCCCUGCCCUCUCCCCCGAGCAGUUCUGUUGUAUUAUAGAUACCACUGACCCCCAUGGCAGCAUCUCCCUGCCAACAUUUCAGACCUGUAACUUUUAUAUUAAAGACAAAUAAAACACCAAUAACGAACCUGCCUGUUGAUCCUGUUUACAGUGCAUGCACAGUCUGUGGAUUAAAGUGACAAUCGAAUCCGCC